AAAGGACGUACUCCGGGGGAGGGACCCUGAGCCACUUAUUUUCGGAAGGCCACGCUGGCCUGUUCGGGUGGGCUUCCAAGCGGGUCGGAGAGUUCAGUCAUGUUCGCCCACGCAGUGAUGCGCGCCCUGCGGAAGAAUAAGACGCUUCGCUACGGUGUUCCCAUGUUGUUGCUGAUUGUUGGAGGUUCUUUUGGUCUUCGUGAGUUUUCACAAAUCCGUUAUGAUGCUGUAAAGAUUAAAAUUGAUCCUGAGUUAGAAGAAAAACUGAAAAUGAAUAAAGUGUCAUUGGAAUCAGAGUAUGAGCCACCUUCACUCCAACAGUUUCCACAUUACAUGGCUGCUCCUAUAAAGAGUUUGUGUAGACAUCCUGAUCAGCCCCAUUCAGAGUCCUCAGAGUCCUCACAACAGGAAAUUGUAACCAGCACUCUGCUACCAAAAGCAUCACAGAGUAAGAUACUGUUACAACAGCUGGUGCUGUUCACCACCUCGGGAAGAAGCAAACCUUUCAAGAGCUGUUUUCUUUUCAUCAAGAAGUGUAUUUCUCAUUGGUGAAAGGGAGACUCAUCAAUAGAUCAAGACCAGAAGUUUUGUGAUGAUUUCUCAGGGAAGAGACUGCCCAGGGUGCUUGGAGCUUGUGCUGUCUGGUUCCCUGUUGCCUCUGGCUCUCUGCAGAAUUUAGCAGAUUCAUCACUGCGCUCCAGCGAGACUUUGUUAUUUUUAGCUCUGUUGACUUCUAAACUGUAGCAUAUAGACAUACAAUAGACAAAGUACCUUGUAGAUGGACAACCAAGCCAUGCAGAUGGGAAACAGCCCUCCAUUAGGAAGAGGACUACGUACACCAAGAGGAAGAAUGAUAUGAUAUCUUACGUAGAAAGAAUUUAGGGAUGAGGAAAUCAAGCUAAAAACCUCAGAGAUUUCAGGCUGUCUGACUUCAGCAGCAGCCAGAGCUGCAAGUCUCUCGUUGUCUCCUGCUGCCCCCUCCCCCACCCCCCAUCAUUCACUAGGCUCUAGUGGAUGCUGCCUACUCCUCAAACACAGCACUGGUCAUCUGCCCGCAAGUCUGCACAUGCCUCACUCCUUCACUUCACUGCAGCUGCUGCUCAAACGUGACCUUUCCUGAGAGACCUUCUCUGAGCAUUCAAUCUAAAUUGCCACCAAGAUAUCCUCACCACAGCCACUCUCUAACCUUUCACCUGGCCUGAGUUUUCUUCAUACCACUUAUUUUCAUCUGAAGUUUCAUAAAAAUGCACUCUAGUUUAUUUGCUGAUUAUCCCCCUUCUCCUGCACCAUGAGAGCAGGAUCUUUGUCUUGUUGACUGGUACAUCUUCAUACCAGAACUCUCCCAUAGAUAGUCAGUUUUCAGUAAGUAAUUGUGUCAUCCAUGAACCAAUGAACAAAUCAUCCCCCUCACCCCACUUUUGAAGGUGAUUUUGUGGUAGUUUUACUACCCCUCACUAAGGGGUGAUAACUGUGAGUCUGGUGUGGAAUACAUUUCCCUUUUGUAUCUCUCUGUCAUCGCCAUGAUCACUGCCCAAGAACACAGCCCACUUGCUUACCUCACUUUCUUUUACUUUUAUUCAUGUCUAGUUCAUUCCCUCAACCUUUCUCCUGGGGAGUCCCUCUAGAGCCUCAGCCUUUUUCUUGGUAUCUUCCUUGCACUCUUGUUUUGUUUGGGGUUUUU